GCGGUCUGAUUGAUUUCGAAGAUAUCGUUUACGAUUUCCUCCGGCGAAAUUGCUCUAGCGAUGAAAGGCUGGUAACUUAUUAUGUCGUUGGAGAUAACAAAACACGUGGCCUGAACCCCCAAAAGGACCUUGUUGAUUAUCCACCUCUGACGAUGGAAGUCGGCCCGGUGAGUUACGGCAAGCCUCAAGUACAGUUGCUCCAGCUGUCUGCUGUGUAUGUACAGACUUUUCACAACAACCAGUCUGAUGUGGAGGGUAAGGCUCACAUAUCAGAGGAAGUACAGCACGAAGACGAGUACUCGUGGACCGUAAAUAAGGGACUACAGUUCACUUCAAAGGUCAAGUUCACUGUAAACGUUCCACUAGUCUAUCAAUUCAGCUCAGAAAUUUCGACAUCAGUGAAUACGGGUUCUGGAUCCACCACGGUUGAAACACGAACUACGAAACAAUGGAUUAAACAAGAUGUAAUAAUACCCCCUGGAGCCACCAUUGAAGCAAAGUGGUAUGUCAACGAAGCACAAGUGGUGGUGCCAUGGGAAUCAAACAUCACCUUGAGUGGACACGUUGUGGCGUUGUUUGAAAAACCUAAACAAGAAUUAAAUUGGAAGUACUUCCUUGUAGGCAACAUUAAGCAUGACAACAUCACAACAAACGGAUCUUCCGCCUUUCUCCGGGCUUCAGGUCUGUUUACAGCAAACGUAGCUAAGAGCUAUCACCUUUCCACCACUGAGAAGAAAUUAGCGCACCGCACUGCGAGUGUGGCUAAGUAUAUUAUGCAGCAAGAUAGUUAAUGAUCCAUAAUCAAGUGGAUUAAAACAAGCCAUUCAAUAAAUAAAGGCCCAAAGAAAACAGUUCCAAUCUUUACUUUGACCGAAUCAACAGUAAACUUUCUUCAAGUAUUA